AGCCCUAAGCCCACUGCUGCGUUCUUGGCUCUUCUUGCGUUAGACGUAGAUUAUUUUUCCGGCGCGGCCGCCCUUUUCUCGUCAGUGUAUGCGUGUCAGUUUCAGAAUCUCUUAUCAAUAAGAUCGUCAUGUCAGGAUCUCAAGACUCGGCCGAGACCGUAACCUCGACUGAGGUGCAACAGCCCGAACCAGAUCCUGAACCCGAAACUGAACAACCUCCAUGCAUCGAGUCCGAGGAGCCCAAAGUAGACGAAAGCGAACUUUUGCGCGAUAUAGCACAACUGGACGAAAAAUUAGAGGAAGAGAUUGAAGAAAAAGAGCAUCAUGAUGAAGUUGAAGCUUCUGAAAAAACAGAGGAUCAUAAGGAAGCUGCUGAAGAACAUAAUGAACAACAAGUACAAGAAAAAGAAGAUGAACCUCAACAGGAGUCUCCAAUGAGUCCUACUGGCAAUACUUCUGAUCCUUUGCAAGAAUCUGAUCCUCUGCAUCAAGAAACUAAUGAUGACAAAGAAGAUGAAGAAAAAGAAUUGGCUACUACCGACGAGGGCAAACCACUUGAAUAUGAACCCGAACAAUUUGUGAGUAAAGCACAAAUUGAGACAAAACUUCAAGAGGUAGAAAUGCCUACUAAAUCAAUUGAAGAAGAAGAAAUGCCUUCUUUGAUGGAGACAAAUAUGUCUAAACUUGAUGCAUCAGUUGCAAGUUCAAACAAUGAAAAAUCAACUUUAAAUCUCAAUAAUGACAUUCCUGAAAGUACAUCUCAUAAAGAUGCAGAUGACGACAGUGAUGACAGUGUCUGUGUUAUUGAUGAUGACGAUGACGAUGAUGAAGUACCAGUUAAGCGCACAGCUUCAUCUAACGAUGAUAGAAGUUCUACAAUUGAUGAUGAUGAUGACGACGAUGAUGAUGAAGAAGAAGAAGAGGAAGAAUUUGAUGAUGAUGAUCGCAGUGAAGACAUUAGAUACAAUCGUCACAGAGACAAGAGUGUAAACAACAGAGGACCAAGUAAUUAUAGAAGAGUUGAACGCUAUGAGGAUGAUGAAGAUGAAAUAGAAGAGGAAGAAGAAGAAGAAGAGGAAGAGGAAGAAGAAGAAGAGGAAGAAGAUUUUGAAGCAGAAGAAUUUGAUGGAGGUCGGUCAGAUGAUGCAAUUUUAAGGCACAGUAAUGGAUUCACUAAACAAAAUAUAGAGCGCAGUACAUCAUUGCAAGACUUGACCCUUAUGUCUCCAAAAACGAAACAUGUUAACCCGUAUAAUCAAAGGGAAAGAAUUCAACAAGCUAUGGGCCCACGAUCUCAGCAUGGAUCAGCAAAACAAUUUGCACAUGUGCAGAGUAAAGUAAAAAAAUAUAUUAUGGAAAUGACAGAACAAAGGCGGAUGUCUAAUGACAAACGAAAAAAAGCCUUAGAUGAGGCAAGGUACAAGAAUGAAAAUAUAAGAGAAAAUCCCAUGCAUGGAAGUGAUAAAUUUUCUAAUGCUAAAAAUAUCAAACAAUAUGGCGAGAAAGUUUUACAAGAAGUACAAGAAAUUGAGCUAAAUGGCGAAUCUGAAUUCAGAUCAGAAAUCACAGAAAAUGGUGAGAUUAAUUAUGUAAGUUAUGACUUAGAUAAUAGACAACAAAUAAUUCAAGAAGAAAUGGAAGUUGAUCCAAUGAAUACUGAAUCUCAUCAUGACAAUAUUGGUCACAAUGAUGCAAUAAAUGGUGCAGUUAAUCAGAAUAACUACAUGCUAGACAGAAGAAACAUCCAAAGACAUGAUAUUCAAUCUUACCCUAAACACACUUCUAAUGGAGAAGAUCCAAUGCGUUCAAAUUGUGAUGUACGUACACUUAGUUAUGAUGAAUAUAUGAAAGGCCCAAGUAAUACUGUACUUAAUCAAGAUGAUAACUCCGUAAGAACAAAUAAUUUAGAUAAACAUAGAGGCAUGCAGGAUUGUGGACUAAAAAUAGAAAAAGUAUUGACGUAUGCCCAUCAAGAUGAAGAUGAUAUACAUGGCCGAGAAACCCCACCCGCUUCAAUGGUACAUCAGAAUAAAGUUUUACACUACGCAACACCAGAAAUUCAAAAUUUAAAGGAACAACUGAAGGAAAAAACUAUGCAAUUUGAAAAUUUAUACGAUGCAUAUCAAAGGUCUAUGAAUGAAAAUGCAUCAAUGAAAAAUGAAUUAGAUAGUUUGAGGCAAAAGAUUUUCUAUCUUCAAGAUCAGCAACAAAAAAAGAAAUCUCAAGAAAAAGGAAUGCAAACUGAAAAAACUGUCAACAUAAAUGCUUCAAACAAAAUGGAUGAUAUUAAGUCACAAACUAUAAUUUCGGGUGCAACUUCAAAUUGGUCUGAUACUAUAGGAAGUGUUGCUAUAUCUAUAAAUCAGCCUCCUAAUGUUACACAUGCUUUAAAUUCUGAUGAGAGUGCGGAACAAAAUAAAUCUCCUAAGCAAAAAAGUGCUUUUUCCAAAGCUUUCAUGACAUCUACGCGAAUCUUGCAUACUCUUACAAAUCUCACUAAUUUGAAUAGCAAAAAAAGUGAUAAAUCUAGUAAACGUUCAAAAACACCAGAAAAAACAGAAGCUGAAGCUGUGUUUGUUGAACCAGCAGCACCAGGUGCCUCGAGAAAACGAAAAGCCACAGAUACUUUAGAGUUGUCCAGUUCAGCUCAACCUUUCAAAAUUCCUCACACCAUUAAAAGUGACGUUGAUAAAGGUUCUCUUUCAGAAUCUCGAACCAAUGAUGAUCAUUCAGAAAACGGAAAAAAUUCAGAAUCUGCUCCGGAACGCACAUUCGAAUUACACGAAAUUGAUGAUGAUGUCAAAGUGUUCAUUUACCCAGAAGAUGACGGUGAUCAAAGUUUCCUUAUUCAAGCUAAAGAAACAGGUCUUCAACCAAAACCAGGUGUACGCGAAUGUGGUCCUUACGUCUUAGGUAAUGUAGAAGUUUACAUGACUGAAUUGAAUGGUACUAUAAGUAUAUGGGGUAAAGAACUCAGUAAAAAUUCAAAUCAAAUUCAAAAUGAUGAAAUGGAAGCCUCUAUGAGAUCCAAAGAUGGGUUCAUGCCAGUAAAACCUCUAAACUUCCGUCAUCAAAGCACACCUCGUGUAUGCAGCAAUAAUAUUCCUUGCUCAUCUGGAAAAAAAUCCAAAAUUGUGUCUCGAUUUUCACACAGAGCUCACUCGCAUGAGUGCUUAGACUGUAGUAAUAUUAAUCAUCGAGUUUCUUGGCAAUCUUGCAAUCAGAGCCUCCAUGAUCACAGCCAUCAUGGUUGCUGUCCACCAACUAUAAGAGUUGAGGAUUCUCACUGCGGAUACUCUUACAAACCACCUGUACCUCCAACUUGUUGCCAACAGAAAUACGUUGAAACCAGAAGAUGUUCAUUGCCAAAUGCGUGCAUUGAUAAUUAUUGUAGUUCACAACUUCACAAUGCACCUAUGCAUCAUCCCGGUCAUCAUCUUCACUCUCAGCAAGCAUACGUAAGGAAGCAUUCAUUCAAAUCUGACGAAGAUGAAGAUGAUGAUGAUGAUGAAGACAUGGAAGAUGAUGAAAGCACAUCCAAACACUAUCAUUCUGCUAGGGAAAACUCACCAUAUACUUGUAGUUCUAAUAAACUAGUCCCCCCUGUAUCAAAAAAAAGGUGUUCCGAUCCAGAUUGUCAAAUUGAUCAUGAACAAAUGCAUGCACAAAAAACUGUGCAAGAGGAAUCUGAUUGUAACCUGAAAAAAAGAAGAAUGAGCGGUAGAAAAAUCAGAGAUAUGAUGAUGGACUUACUAAAAGGUUGCGGCGAUUGCCGAAGUACUAAUCCUUUGAGUAAAACAAACUUGGAUCGUAAUGCAUCAGUUUAUGAACCUACUACUUCAGCUCAACAUAAUAAGACGGCGUUCAAUGAGAAACAUAAUUCUUAUAAUUAUGAAAAGUGCUCCAGUAAUCAAGCUCGAGGCAGUAAUGCUAAACAAAGUGAAAAAGAAGAACAGCUAGGACUUUUAAAGAAAAAGUUUGAUCAAAUACAAGUUGAAUCAACGUCCAUACGUGAUUUAUUAACAAUGCUCCAUAACGCCCAUGAAGAUAAUUGAUGAAAAAACUAAAAUAUUUAUUUCUAUAACUAUACUUUUUUAAAUGUCGAUAUUCUAUGUAUAUAGCUAUCACACUAAAGUAUUUCUUUUUUAUUUAUAAAAAAUGUGCUACUUCGACUUCUAACAUUCGAAGCAAUUCUGUAGAUUGAUAUUUAGAUUGCUGUUGUACAAUGUUCCUUCCUUCUGUUUUGCCUCUUUUUUAUAAAUUCAAUUAAAAAUUAAAA